UCUGUGAAGUCAGGGAGAUGUGCAGAGUGAGGGAAGUCUCCUGCUAUGCCACUGGAGAGUCUGCAGGUUCUACUCCCAAGGUUUUCAACCUCUUUCUCUAGGCUGGAGGAUUUUUGAAUAACCAUCACUGCUUGUUCCAAGUGUGAGAUUCCACCGUUAUCUCUGAAAAUAUGUACAAGGAAGAUUUCAGGAAUAUUACUGAAGAGAACAUAGCCAGCAAUGGCACCUUCUCUGACUUUGCCCACACCAACACCACAAGAGCUAUCCUGAUUACCGUCUACUCAGUUGCCUUUGCUGGAGGUGGGAUAGGUUCCACUGCAAUGUCAUUUGUGCUGGUCAAGAUGAACAGUCUGUCUGUGACCACUACAGCCAUCAUUAACCUAGUCGUGGUACAUGGCCUCCUUCUCCUCACAGUCCCCUUCCGUCUGCACUACUAUAUCAAUAAAGAGUGGAUCUUCCACAUGCCAUUCUGUAAAAUGGUGAGUGCUAUGGUGCACAUCCACAUGUAUCUGACUUUCCUAUUCUACGUGAUCACACUGGUGAUCCGGUGGUUGAUCUUCUUUCAGUGGAAGGAUAAGGUAGAGUUUUAUAGGAAGCUACAUGCCAUUGCCGCAAGCGUCGCCGUGUGGGUCAUCGUCAUCAUCUUCAUGGUGCCGCUCUUCUGCAUUCAGUAUGGGCGCUCAGGGACGUAUGAUGACAAAGCAUGCUUUAAAUUCCACAAGGAGCUGAAACAGGAUAGUGUGAAAGUCCUGAACUACCUAGCCAUUGCAGCUGUCGCCUUAAUUACUUCUGUUCUCCUGGGCCUGCAGAUCUUUAUUCUGGUCAAAGUAUCGAGAAAACUCUCCACCUCUCUCUGGUCACAUCAAGAAUUCUGGGCCCAGGUGAAGAACUUGAUAUUCAUCUGUGUCAUCAUAAUUUGCUUCCUUCCCUAUCACCUCUUUAGAGCCUACUACAUAAAGCAUGUGAACGACAGCGAAAAGUUAGAAAGCUACAAUGAAGUUUUUUUGAGCCUGACUGCCCUCAGCUGCCUGGACCUGCUGUUCUUCGUGCUGAGUGGAAGCCGUCUCUUCAAACAAAAGGUUGGCAUGCUUCGAAGCAGGCUGCCCUGCUGCUAGCUCCAACUGUGUGGGGUCCUGGAAUCUUGCAGAGCACAGUGCCGGAGAGACAUGGCACAUCCACUCCCCAGCACGUCAAAGCAGGCACUGGAAACAACAUAAAACUGCUCCCCAAAACAAUACACU